ACGCCUCCCGGGUGUUAUGACGCAGCAGAUGCAGAACCUACAGUUGUCCCAGACCAGGAAGUGCCCCGGCGGGCCGGCCUCCCCCAAUGCCGCCAAGCGCCUCUACAGGAACCUGUCGGAGAAGCUGCGAGGAAGCACCUCCUCCUUCGAAGAUGCCUACUUCUUUGGCAAGACGGAUCGGCUCCGUAAAGCCUCGACGAUGCAGGGCAGCGACUGCAUCUUCGAGGCGGUGGAGCAGCAGGACCUGGACGCCGUGCAGAUCCUUCUGUACCAGUGUUCGGCCGAGGAGCUGGACCUGAACACUCCCAACAGCCAGGGCCUGACGCCGCUCGACAUCGCCAUCAUGACCAACAACACGCCCAUCGCCAAGCUGCUGCUGAAAGCCGGCGGCAAGGAGAGCCCGCACUUCGUGAGCGUGGAGAGUCGCGAGGCUCACCUGAACUCUCUGGUGCUGGAGGCGGAGCGGCGGGCGGUCGACCUGGCGGCUCAGGCUCAGAGGGACGGCCUCUCGCUGGAGGCCUGCCACAAAGACAAACAGCUGAGGGCGUGGGAGUGGAGGUGCAAGCUGUACAAACGCAUGAGGACGGGCUUCCAGCACGCACGUGCCCCGGAGGCCCCGUCCAUGGUUCGACUGAGCGUGAGCAGUAGCAGCACUCUGACCGUCACCUUCCAGGAACCGCAGUGUCUCAACUCCACUGUGGUGACCAAGUACAGAGUGGAAUGGAGCUGCCUGAAGGACUUCUCGCUGCUCGCCGGAGAGAUGGUGUUGGAUAACCUGCAGAGCCUCAAGUGCACCAUCAGCAGCCUCACCACGGGUCGGCUCUACUACGUUCGAGUGUCGGCUUAUAACAUGAAGGGCUGGGGUCCGCCCGCCUCCUCCCUCCCUCCAUCUGCUGCUCCAUCCAGUAAGUUCUCUCCAUAUUUUUCCAUUAACCUCACCAUCUCAGCAGCUCGCAGCUUCUCUGUGACUCUGGAGUUUAACCUCUUUGUGCAGCAGCUGUUUCAGCCUGGAAGCUGGAAAAAAAACGCAGUUUUCACUUGUUUUCUUCUUCUCUCGUCUUUUUGUUCAGAUGCCUCUAAGCUGCAGAACCCCAGCAGGAAGCAGUCUGUCUCCAGAAGUCUGAAACAUCUCUUCAACUCCUCCAACAAGUUUGUAAAGACACUGAAAAGGGGGAUCUACCUGGCGGCUGUGUUCUACCAUAAGGACAGUUUACUGGUGACGGCCGAGGAGCAGAUCCCCAUCGUGGAGGUGGAUGACUCGUACAGCAGCUCGCUCAUGCAGGACUUCCUGUGGUUCACAAAGCUGUCCUGCAUGUGGGAGGACGUCCGGUGGCUGAGACAGAGCAUGUCGGUGUCCAUGUCGUCGUCCUCCACCCUGCAGGCCAGGCACAAGAUGCUCACCGCCGCCGGGCAGCUGCAGAACCUCCUGGGAACCCACAACCUGGGCCGGGUCCACUACGAGCCCAUCAAGGAUCGCCAUGGCAACGUGCUGCUGGUGGCGAUCCGCGACACGGAGAGCCAGCACUCGCUGUUCAGCGGGAAGUGGAUGCAGGUGACCAAACUGCAGAGCCAGAGGAAGUCUCUGUCCACACCCGAGGAGCCCUACGCCCUCGACAUCCUCAUCAUCACCAUACAGGACAUUUUGGCGUACCAACGGCGCAGCACCCACCGGCUCGCCCCGGGACUCUACUUGGGCUACCUGAAGCUCAGCAGCUCCGUGGACCAGAUCAAGGUCCUGGUGUCCCAGCGGACCCCCAACAUGCUCUGCCACACCCGCGUACGAGACAACGCCAACGUGUCCAGAGAGGAGUGGGACUGGAUCCAGACGCUGGCAGCUGCAGGAGAGAAGGAGGACGACCAGGGGGCGGGGCCCCGGGCAGAAAGUCACGCCCCUUUACUGUACUAUGAGCUGCAGACGGCCAUCAAGUCCCUGCUGAAACACAUCAACCUACCUCUGCACCAGGCCCGUCACUUCCGGCUCUACAGUCAGGAGGUGGUGGAGCUCGGUCACGGCGUCUCCUUCCUGCUGCUGCUGCCCGCCGCCGAUGAUGUCUGCUCCGCCCCCGGACAGUCCAACCCCUACACCCCACUGUCGGGGUUCCUCCACCUGCCCCUGCAGAUGUUUGAACUCGUGCACUUCUGCACCUACAAAGAGAAGUUCAUCAGCCUGUACUGCCGCCUGUCCUCCGUCCUCGACCUGGACGCCCUUAUUACCCAGCAGGCACUGCGGGAGGCCAUCACUGACGGCGAGGUGGCCACGGCCAAGCAGAGGCACCAGCUCAUCCUGGAUUACAUCCAGCAACUGGACGAGAUGCGGCGGGACCUUCGCUGGAUUACGGACGCCCUACAAUACGCACGCUACAAGCAGCCUCGAGGCGGCGUGCCCAUCACCUGCUUGGUGGAUGUCAGCGUUCCUGAGAGUGACUCCGGUCAACAGAAGACAGACUCCACUUCCUCAAACAUGGACUACCUGCCCACACCGUCUCCUUCCCCAGAGCUCCGCCGGAGGAAAGCCAUCAGCGAGUCGCUGCCGGGCUCAGAUGAAGAUGCAUCCUCGGAGGUGUUCCUGCCCACAGACAGCGACUAUGACUCCAGCGAUGCCCUGAGCCCCCGUGACCUGGAUCUGCUCUAUUCUCCGGGCCAGGAUCUGUCCCAGCAGGCGCUGCGCUUGCUGGGCGGCAGCGCCCCGGACGUGCUCCAAAUCAACGAGCUCCGGUAUAGCGUGUGCCCGGCUAAAGACCUCCCCCUCUCCCCCGUGGUGAAGGAUCCUAAGGAUGGUCCCCUCUCCUCACCUCUCCUCCCUCGCGCGCCCUCUCGCUCUCGAACCCUGCCCACCUCCCCCUCCCUCCCCCUCUCCCCCAGGUUCUCCAAAGAUCUUCCCCUGUCCCCGGCUCUGUUUGACACCACCCGGACUCUGGAGGGCCUCUCGCUCUCAAAGAGCCACCACGAGGGCCCUGCCCCCCUCCGGACCCUCGCCAACCCACCCGCCAAACGUAAGAUCCUGUCCAGGAGCCACCGCGGGCAGUACUUCAGUGGGCCCCAGCGCUGGCUCAGGGGCCACAGCGGGGAGAGUCACACCGGAUCGUUGUCAGAGGGAAUCUACACCAAGCAGCUCGACCCCGACCUGCCCCUGCCGGGGGACCUGCCCUCCCCGGAUGGCACCACCUAUGUCAGCCACGCCUCCUGUGUCCUGGAGAGCCACAAAACCCGACAUCGGGAGCCGCGACCGCACGUUCGCAGGAUAUUCGUUGAGCCCUGCAAAGAGCUGUCACCAGGCCACGAGAGGAGGGGGUGGGAGGAGGAGGAGCAGGGGGCAGUGGUGAUGGAGAAGGUGAGGGCCGCAGGCGUGUCGGUGGUCGUGGAGGGGGAGGAGCCAGAGGGAGCCACCGCCCAGGAGGUGGACUCGGAUGACCAAACCAACUCCCAGGUGUCGGAGAUCCUCAGCAGCACGCUUUAAGGAAGAAGUUCUUCAGACAUAUUGGUGAUUGGCCGGGUGUGUUGCUGACGAGCUGCCCUCCGACCUCCGCAGAUUGUAAACUCAACUAAAGUUGCUGGUUCAACUCUGCCACGCCUCAGAACCCAUGGCAUCGACUGUUACCCAGGAAAAAAAGUCAAUGCAACAACAAACCAAGCACUGCUUCUCCGACCAGGAACUUUGCACACGACUCUGCAUGUCGACCAACAAAAAGAAAAGAAAAAAAGGUGGUUUGAUUGAUUGUUGCGCUUAAGAAAAAAUCCCCAGUUUAGAGUUAUUUUUUGGACCCCGCCCUCAGAGCAUGGAUACCCACCCUCGACUUGAAUGUACGGUUCAGCCUGUUUGUUCAUGGCCGCCUGUGACGAUCCAAUCCCGUCUUUCAAUCACUGUUGUUCUGAGCUGCUCCUGUGUGCUGUCCUGGUGUUAAAAAGAAGAAAAUAUAUAUAAAUAUAUUAAUCGCUGAGUGUUGAGCACGGAAACGGCCUCAGUCACUAAACAAAGACCACUAAAACCUUAAAACAUGAAGUAUUUUUAUAUUUUCAGGUUUAACGACCAACUAUUUUACCUGGAAUGUGGAUGACUGGUCGGAGCUGUAUUUUGUUGGCAUGAAGUAGUCUGUGGUGUUGUUUUUGUUUGUUUUAAUCUUUGACUGAAGCUUUACGUCCAUUUUGUGCUUCCUUUCUCGUUCGGCAUGAUGAUGUCAGGGAGUCUGUGGGUUCCGGUUUAGCCUUCGUCGUGUGGUCAGACCUGACGGUGUUUGUGCUGUCUUUGUUGACUUCUUGUUCAGCUUCUUCCACGAUGGCGGUGUUUUCUCUUCUGUUUUUUUCUCUUUUACUUAAAACUUGCAGCAGCUCCAUCUGUGUUGUAGAGAAGUGAUGUAGAGUGGAGAGCGGUUUGAACAUGCACAGAUUCUUAACGUAUGCACAGUAUUUUAAAAGUGCAUUUUUAACAUUUGCACAUAGCGAUUAUGGAAUUAAAGCUAAUUAAAUAUUUGAUUAAAUUGGGCAUUAACUCUGGCAGCUUCUACCACAGUGACUGUACAAAGGUCAGUUUAAUGUCCUACAAAGGGUUGACGAUAAGGCGUCAGCUUACAGGUUUGAUUCUGUCUCCAGAUUAUCUUUAGUGAUGUCUGAAGAUUUCAGCUUUACAACCAGACGCGCAA